ACCUAACGCAAUGAUCACAGAAGAGCAGACGCAGCUGAAUGGAAAGAGAACGUUCUUUCUCCGCCGAAUUUAUUAAACGGUACGGCCGUGGCUGGAAACUGUGAAGAGAGCCGUAACUCUUCUCCAGAUGACCCACACCACAGAGUAUAAACCGUUAAGCCCUAACGGGAAUGUCAGGUGCCAGAGUGAGAGGAUCGUCUGGUGCUGCAGUUUGUUAGAAGUAAGAAAUGGAAAUACAAGACACUACCAAUGUUGAACCUAACAACAUUGAAAAUGAUGAACAAGUGCACAAGUCAACAGAAAAGCCUCAGCGCAUCACUGCGUGUCUGGUGAAUGCAGCCUUCUUCGGUGCCCUUGGGUCGUCUUAUCUCUAUGGUUACAGUCUGUCUGUCGUCAAUGCUCCUUCCCUGUUUAUAAAGACGUUCUACAACAAGACGUGGCAAGAGCGAUAUGGGGAACCCAUCAGGGCAGAUAUGGUCACCACUCUGUGGUCCAUUACGGUCUCCAUAUUUGCCAUUGGAGGCCUCCUUGGAGCUCUCUGCGUCACGUUGCUAAUGAAAGUCCUUGGAAGGAAGGGAACCUUGCUCCUGAACAACAGCUUUGCAAUGAUAUCUGCUCUGUUGUUGGCCCUGGGGGAGAAGGCAGGCUCUUUCGAAAUGCUCAUCAUCGGACGUUUUAUCAUGGGUGUGGACUCUGGCAUUUCUCUCAGUGCCCUGCCCAUGUAUCUAGGAGAGAUAGCCCCAAGACAGGUGAGAGGCUUCAUUGGCCAGUUCAACUCCAUCCUCAUCUGCCUUGGGGUGUUUACCGGACAAGUCCUGGGACUUCCUGAACUCCUGGGCCAGGAGGCCAGGUGGAACUUCCUGUUUGCUUUCCAGGCCCUGCCGGCCUUGUUGCAACUGUGUGUGCUACCGUUCCUCCCGGAAAGCCCACGCUUCCUGCUGAUGGAGAGGAGGGACGAGGCUGGCGCAGAGAAAGGUGAGUUUGCUGCCUUCAGAGACUUCCUUGGUAAGGAGGACGUGUCGAAGGAGUUGGAGGAAGUGCAUGCUGAGAGCCGGGCUCAGAACACCAUGCGCAUGGCGUCCAUCACCGAGCUCCUGCUGAACCCCGCCGUGCGCUGGCAGGUCGUCACCGUCGUGGUUACCAUGGCCUGCUACCAGCUGUGUGGCCUGAAUGCGAUCUGGUACUACACCAAUGGGAUCUUGCGGGACUCGGGCUUUGCAGAGAAUGUGAUCCCAUAUGUCGUCCUCAGCACUGGCGCUGUAGAAACACUGGCUGCCAUUGUCUCUGGCCUGGUGAUUGAACGCGUCGGAAGAAGGCCGCUCCUACUGUUCGGAUUCACCGCCAUGGCUUUCUUCUUCGGCCUUCUCACAGUGUUCCUCAACUUCCAGCACCAGUAUUUGUGGAUGCCCUAUCUCAGUUUCAUCUGCAUACUGGGUGUAAUUGCUUCCUUCUGUUCUGGCCCAGGUGGCAUUCCGUUUGUCCUGACUGGAGAGCUCUUUGAGCAGUCUUACCGCCCUGCUGCCUUCAUGAUUGCAGGAGUUGUCAACUGGCUUUCCAACUUUGCGGUCGGCCUUGUAUUUCCAUUCAUGCAGGAGGCCUUGCAGACCAAUGCUUUCUUGGUGUUCAUGGUGGUGUGUGUGCUGGGAGCGGUGUACCUCCAUUUCAUUCUGCCAGAAACAAAAAACAGGACAUUUCUGGACAUUAGCCAGAGUUUUGCCAAAAUUAACAAGGUCCCUUUGCCUGACAAAGAGAUGGAGAAUGUACUUGCAGUCAAGCCUAGGUCAAAACAAGUGGAAGCAAACGGAAAAGUACUUCACUUUGAGGUGGAGAGUUCAUUUUAAAUCAAAGAGAAGCUGCUAGGCACUUACUGUUCACAUGCUUUACUGUUGUACAUACUGGUUUUUGUGUCACUGAAGUGUAAUCAAAAUUUGGUAUUAUUGCUGAAUGUUGGUAAUAGCUAUUUUAUGAAAUAUUUUGUUUGUUUUGAAUCUUGUGCAUGUAUGGCCCCUUGAAUACUGCGUAUGUCCUCAAUGAUACAAAUACUGUCAGUUAAAUGGAGACCAGCUUUAUACAAUGUAUUUUUGUAAAUAAAAAAGGACUAGACCAACUUUAUAACAGGAUUAAAUUGUUAAUGGAGUAAAGUAUGGGUUAAAAUACAUUAAA